AUGCCAAAUACAACAGGAGAUUUAAGCAAUAAGGAUCAGUUAGAAGAGAUUAAAAAGUUAAUUAUUGCUAGCAGCAAUGAUCUCAGCAGUAAAAUAGAAAAAGUGAACGAUGAUUUAAUUAAGGAAAAUCAUGUUUUAAAACACAAAAUAAAAACUCUCGACAAAAAUCAAGAUUUAGAAUUAAAAAUAAAUGUUUUAGAAAAUAAGGCUAGGAAAAAUAAUCUUAUCAUAUAUGGGCUUCCAAAUAAAACUGAGUUGAAAGGAGAAAACUUAGACAUCUUGCUUAAAAACGCCCGCAAACUAAAAGGAAAAUCUGUCUUUUUAUCGAACGAUCUAACUAAGGCUGAAAGAGAGAUUAAUAAAGUUCUAUAUAGUAACCUUAAAGAAGCUAGAAAACUUGGACUUACGGCCUUCAUUAAAAAAAACAAUUUACAUGUGGGAAACGAUAUUUACACAUACGAAGAUCUGUUACAAAGUGAUAUUUUCAAAUCGACAUCUGGUGAUUUAGACGAAGAUGUUUUUUAUGGGCCGCCUCCGAGGCGCUCUGUAAGCGUCCCAGGUUUAUCUGCGUUAUCCCUGACGGAAGAUGAUUCGAACGACUUCUUCGUAGCAGUAGACGAUACCCCUGAACAAGUAGCCGCGACACCAAUUGAAGAGCAUAAACCAGCAAAUCUGCAAGAAAAUACAAAAACAGGAACAGACGAUAAAAAAGGAGACAAACAAGACCCAAGAAGAAAAGUAAUAACCAGAAAUCCUGCUGCGGUAGAUACUCCUCCUACGAAGGCAACUCGAUCAUCUAGUCGCUCAACUCGACAAAAAAAUUUUUACCUAGAUCUCGGUCCAGAUCCAUGCUCUACUUGUGGUCAGGAGAUUCCAGUGGACCAACUCACAUUAGAACAAAGAAGACGACGUGAUAGAGUCGAAGAAAAAAAAGUGGCUCUUAGAAAUUUAGAAAAGCGUAGACCUGCUCUUGUUUCUGUAGAUGAUGAACGAAAAUUUCUAUCAAUUGCUACUCCUGAAGAUCCUAAACGGUCAUCGGUCCAUAGUAGCACCGCGUUAGAAAUAUUUGAAAAACAAAGAAAAUCUAGAGAAGACGGAAAAAAAAAAGAAUAUUUACAGACACAUAUCAUCGCCUAG